AUGUCCAACCUGCCUCGUGCCUCUGUAACGCAGGCAUCGCUACCUCCUGAGUAUUGGAAUGGUAUUGAUUCGCUGUAUCAGCAGCCGAACCAUCAUCCCCAGCCAGAGAGCCAGCAGCCACAGCAGCCAUUGGGCAUUGACUGGGACCAUCCCAUCUUUCAACAACAGCAGCAGCAGCCGCCGCCGCCGCAGCAACCACACCCUCCUCCAGACAACAUCUCGCCCCCGCAGGAUGUCAACCAUGGGAUUUAUUCUCGGGACCCUCAGGUUUGGCAACAAACCCCCCUCCAUCAGCCCUUGAUGUCGCCCGCAUCUCAAGGAUAUACCGUGUCCCCGCAAUAUCAGGUCCCGCACUACCCACAGGGCCAAGUGACAUUGGAUCCUUCCGAGAGCUCACCAUUUCCACCGUAUUCUUUCCCUCAGAGCUUUUACUCCCAUCAGAAUCUCCCGGUGCAAGAUGCCUUCUCUCACUCGGUAUCAAGGCAGAGCAUCUCGGCACAACCAUCUCAGCCUACCUCUUUCCAGCCCGCGACGCAUCGAUCUUCUAUCCCACAGUUUUAUUUGCCUACUGGUUAUUCAGAUGGCCUCUCGCAAACAACCGUGAAUUUCCCUAAUGGAUAUAACGAGUCAAUUCCAAAUGUGGCUGGACAACAGACUAUCGAUCCGCAGUUUCUGAAUCCGAUCCAAGUCCAGACCAACCAACAGCCCUUGACAACUGACUUUCGCUUCAUCACGCCGGCUGACUUUGAACGUGCUGGUGAUGGAAAGACAUACCAGCAGUAUUAUCGCACAGCACAGCACUUGGACCCAGCUGGGAUUACCCAACCAAAACUUCUCCCAAAUUAUAGAAACAUUUCGAUUCUUCCACAAGAUCGUGGCGCCCCACCCCCCGUCACCACAGUAAAAAAGGUAGAGGUAAAGAAAAAGAAGACUAGUUCAAAGAAGCAGACAGCCAAGAGUACGACCAAGCUUGCUGCUGUCAACAAUCAGUCGGAUUCUUCGGCUUCGGAUAGCGAGAGCUCUGAUUAUUCAGACCUCGAGAUCGAAGCCCCCGAACCGUCCCCUCUUCCACCUACUCGUCCUGGUGAGCCUAUCCCUGCUGCGCAAUAUGACGCCAUUCAAGCAGUAUGGUCCCCCCGUAACAGACAGCCAAAGAACGACGACAUCAAAAAGGCCAUUGUUGCCUUUAACCAACUCGUCAAAGCUGUAAGGGACGUCUGGAAAGACAAAUGCCAAGCCAUGAAAACAGCAGAGAGUAAAGGCGAGAAAGAUAAAGUUGCUGCACUGCAACAAGAGGCUUCCCUUCAACGCCAGACGAUAGAUGCGAUCAUAGCCGCCACUCUCAAGGAAGGUCACCCAGCUAUCGUUGAGAAUUUGGGUGAGCACCCAAUGACGGUGUCUGUGAUGUACUCUUUUCUCCUUGAUCGCCAUCAGGCUUCUGAUAAUGACGGGGGCCUCACAUUGAACAUACUCAAGCUGCUUUCCCAUUUUGUGACAAUGGACGAGGAUGUCCUGCAGAAAACCAACAUCUCAAAGCUAUUGCCAAGACUUGUGAAGAAAGGAGCAGCAGCUGUAAAAGAGCUCGCUCAGAAAGUCAUGGACAACGCAGCCACAUCAACGAAGAGGAAGCAAGAGUUGACGAACACGGCGCCAAAAGAAGAGUUGCCCAGUAAGAAUGGUGUUCUCAAUGUAAAUGGCGAUGGAAACCGUGCAGAUCUCGUUGGGUCGAAGAGAGGGCGAGAGGGCGAAAACAACGGAUUGCCUCCUAAAAAAAGAGUGGGCGUGACGCCAGUUGUAAAACCUCCUGUGAAGCCCGCUGCUGUAGGAAAUGCCAGCCUCAAGGUGUCAAAAGAAACGCCUCAGGACACCAAGGUUGCAUCCACUGUGACCGCACGCCCCAAGGCGAACAUCGUUGCUCCCAAGCCCACAAAUCUCUUCGGCAGUUUAGCAUCUGCAUCCAAACGCCCCGGAACUUCUAACGCUGAAAGGGCAGCAGCAGCGGCAAAGGCCAGUUCUACAACUGAAAAGAAGGAGACUGUGUCUGCGCCAUCAGCCAAGCCAGCAUUUUCACUUGGUGACAUUAUGGCCGAUCUUAAUAAAGCAAAGGGCCCUGCGGCUAGUAAGCCGGCAGAAGAAGCCCCUCCGGAGACUGAAGAGGAACGUAAAAAGCGGCUUCGUAAAGAAUCCCGACGGAAAUUACGUGUUACUUGGAAGCCGGACAGCUCUCUUACCGAGGUUCGCCUCUUCACCCAUGAUCCUGAAGAAGAACUUGCGCCGAAAGAUGGCUCGCGGGGUGGAGACGUCAAGGGCGAGGGUCGAAUCCUCAAACUUCACCGGGACAUGGACGAAUUGGAGGAAGAAGAAGGCGUUGUUCGAGAGGAGGAACUCCUUCCGUACCACGAGAUUUCUCUGCUUGAGUAUGACGAGAUUACAGCCGAAGACCGCUCGAGAAGCUUCAUCAAGCGUGCAGGUGUUCAAAUCCCAAUUAGCUCUGAGAAGGAUGCUCAAGAGCGAAGGGAGGCCACAACCCUGAUGGUAUUUUACACAUCUCCUGCCGAAUACCCAUCGUCUCCCAAAGAACCUCCUGCACCAGACCCUGAGGAAGCUGUUCCCGAAGAAGUUCCAUUUGGUGAUCUUCCGGAGCAUGUCAAGAGUCGGCAAGAACGUUACUACGCCGUCCUGAACCCGAAGCCUGCGCCCACUGUGCCCACUGUGCAGCCAACCGCAUCGACCGGUCAGUUUGACAUAGCAAAUAUACUCAAAGUCUUUCAAGCGAUGCCAGGCCAGCAGCAGCAGCCAGCUCCACCGCCCCCUGUGCAACAGCCUGCUCCAAUGUCCGACCUGGAGCGAACAAUUAAUCUGUUCCGUCAGCAGCAGCAGCAGCAGCAACAACCACUGCCACCCCAACCGCAAAUACAGCAACCUCCCCAACUUGCUUCUAGUCAACCUGCGGCCGCACAGGGUCUCGAUUUCCAGCAGAUCCUUGGUAUCCUCAAUGCCCAAAACCCCAUGCAAGCGCCUGCUUUUCCUCAAGCAGCUCCACCCCAGCCAGCCAUCGCGCAGAAUUUGGCUGCAUUGGUGUCUCAGUUCACCCAUCAGAGUCAACAAGCCAGCCAGCCCCAGCCCCAACCAUCGCAACAGAAUCAACUCUAUGAGGAUGUCGAACGGAAACGCGGGCACGACUAUGGCGGAGGCUAUGAUGGGGCUAGUGAUGAUAGAUACACCCUGCCCAAGCGAAGUCGCACCAACGGCGACAACACGAAGAGACAUCCCAAAGCUGGCUUGCUGCCUUGCAAGUAUUGGCGAGAGGGACAUUGCCUAAAGGGCGACAAGUGCACCUAUCGUCAUGAUCGCCUGGAUUGA